CGCUGAAGGAGGCGCGGUCGGGCCAGCGGCCGCCGUCGUUCAGGGGAGGGACUGCGGACCUGCAACGGGUGGACAGAGACCAGGACGAUUGCCAACUUCGAGACGGAGCUCGUGGUGAUGGUUGUCGCGUUCGUGGCCCACCGCAUGCUCUUCGGCACCCGCGUGCCUUGCCGGCCCAAGCAGUCGGCGGGCGAGGCCCUCAGCAAGGGCGCCGGCGCCGUCAAGCAGCCGCCAGCAACGCCGCGCCUCCCAAGGGCGCAGAGGCAGGCCCUGCGCGCCGCAGUCGCGAGCCUCGGACCUGGAGGCCGCCAUGACGCACCUGGGCGCCGUGUCGGCUGGGGCGGCGGAGGGCCCACUCGGGCCCUCCUCCUCCUCCUCCUCCUCCCCCUCCUCCUCCUCCUCCUCCUCCUCCUCCUCCUCCUCCUCCUCCUCCUCCUCCUCCUCCUCCUCCUCCUCCUCCUCCCCCUCCCCCUCCUCCUCCUCCUCCUCCUCGCACACGCUGGAGACGCUGCUGAAGCGGUUGCUGCGCCUCGCCCUGGAGCGGGCUCAGGCCCCGGGGGCGCUGCGUGAGCUCGGCCGGCGCGGGCUGCUCAAUGCCCGCCUAGUGGACGGCUUGAUCGCAGAUGCCGUCCAGAGUGGCGCUGCGGCGAUCGGGGCAGAGGUUAUAGGGCUCGCCAAGGCGACGGGGUUGGAGCCCACCAGCCACACGUAUUGCGCCUUGCUCAGGGGCCUUGGUGCCGAAGGGCGGCUCGAGGACGCCCAUCGCGUCUUCGAGCAGUGCUCGGCGAAGGGCACGUACGUCCUCAACGUGUUCCUGGACGUGUGCGUGACCUGCGGCGACAUGCCGGCUGCCGAGCGCGUCUAUGCGCAGGCGCAGGGCGAUCAGAUGGCCGACGCUUCCUCGCACAACACCAUCAUGAAGGGCUACCUGAAGAACGGUGAGUUUGCGCGCGCGCGUGCGGUGAUGGACUCGAUGAGGGCCCCGCACGUCAUCACUUUCAACGCGCUGAUCGACGCCACCCUGCGGAUCAACCGCGAGGACGCCUGGGCCCUGAUCGACGAGAUGCAAGCCCGCGGGGUGGAACCGAACCAGGUCACGUGCUCGAUACUGCUGAGGAGCAUCGAGGGCCCGUCUCGGGCCAGCGACCACGAGAUCGAGCGCAUCCUCGCGAUCCUGGGCCAAUCGAGCGAGAGUAUGGACGAGUUGCUGAUCGCGGCGGUGUGCGAGGCGUGCAUGCGCGCGAACCGCGCGGACCUCCUGAGGGCGCAGCUACAGAAAAUGGGCAGUCUGAGAGACGUCAAGAUGACCGGCUCACACGCCUUCAGCUGCGUCAUCCGCGCGCACGGCUUCGUGGGAGACCUGGAGGGCACCCGGGCCAGGUGGCGCGAGAUGCGCACGCGCGGCGCCAGGCCGACGUCCAUCACAGCAAGUGUCAUGGUGGAGGCGCUCGUCGCGAAUGCUGGGCCCGAGGCUGGACACGCCUUCAUCCGCGAGAUGCUGGGCGACACAGACUUGCGCGACUUGGUCAACGCAGUGAUCUACAAUUCCGUGCUGAAGGGCUGGGCCAAUCAGAAGUGCUUCAACGAGGUGUGGGCCGUUUACCAGGAGAUGCUCAAUGCCCAGAUCGUGUUUUCCGUCGUGACCUACAACACGAUCUUCGACGUGUGCGCCAAGUGCCGCGAGCUGGAUCGCAUCCCCAGUCUGCUGGCGGAGAUGUCCCACCAGCGUAUUGAGCCGAAUUUGAUCACUUACAGCACUAUCUUGAAGGCCUACGUACAGGGAAACCAGCUACAUAAUGCCUUCGAGCUGCUGAACAGGAUGAAGCUCACGAAGGACCUCCGACCUGACGAGGUUGCUUACAAUACAGUGCUAGACGGCUGUGCUCGCUACGCGUUGUUCGACAGCGGCAUGGCGCUGCUCCAGGACAUGGAGGAUGCGGGUGUGAAGCCCAGCAAUUUCACGCUCUCGCUGCUGGUAAAGCUGGCGAGCCGUAGCCGGAGACUGGACCAGGCUUUCGAACUCUGCGAGGAGGUAUCCCGCAAGCACCGCAUCCGCCCCAACAUCCAUGUCCUCAACAACCUGAUGCAGGCGUGCGCCAACCACAGGGACAACGAGCGCGCGCUCAAGGUCCUCCAGAGGGCCGCCCAGGAGCGCGUGUGCCCCGACGCGCGCACGUACUCCGUCCUCCUCGGCGGCUGCACCACCGCGGGCGACACCGCCCGCGUGGCGGACCUGCUCCGUGCCGCCCACGGCCUGCCCAGCAGCGUGGCGGCCGCCUCGGGCGCGGACGCUGCCGCACUCCAGGUCCGCGGGGGUCUGCCCUUCGAGCCCCUGGCGGAGGCCUUCGCGGCGCUCCGGGGCGGGGGGGAGGCCGCGGCCCUGGAGCUGCUGCGGGAGCUCCGCGGCCUGCCCGGCAGCAGGGUGGACCGGCAGGCCCUCGCCCGGCUGGCGACCAAGCUCGUCCGGUAGAGCGGCGCCGUCCCAGAGAGGCCCUCCUGCGCCCGAGGCCUCGGGGGGCGCGCUCCCAGCGCCCGUGGGCGAGCUGCGGCGUGCGUGGCGGUGGAGUGGCUGCUGGCCCGCCGUCGCUGCCGGGGCUGAUCUGUGUGUCCCGGGCGGCCCGUGGCCAGCGUGGUCGCUCUUGCUCGCCUUGCGGCCCGCGGCGCAGGAGCUGAUUUCUCUCUCUCUCUCUCUCUCUCUCUCUCUCUCUGGAUGCCCCUCCGUUCAGUCUGGGGUCGAUGUCCAGCGGUGAUCCGCUCGAUCGGAGGUGCCAUCGGGCUAUGCUUAGCUUCCUGGCGGAUGGAAUUCACACACGCCACCUCACCUUCGGGCGCAGGUCGGUCCAGGAUGCUGUAGAGCUUGACCAGGAGCAGAAACGCUCCGAGCACGUCUCUGUUGAACGAAGACAGCGACUCAGAGGAGCACUGCCGGACGAUCCCCUUGUCUUCAUCCAUAUCUGGUAGCUACUGUUCGUGUCGCGCUCGGUUUCUCCUCAGCGUUGACGUCCCCCUCGGCCAGCUCACUAUCCUCCUGGCCCCUCUCGUCGCCGCGCUCUCCGUGUGCCGCAAGUUGUUUUCCAGAGGCCGGAAUGGGGGCACGAGAGCAUCUGCGGCGAUCUCUGUUCGUGGUUCCAGAUUUGAGAGGUCCCUGGCGGUCCC